AUGAGCAGGGCACGAGAAGCAGACCAGAAGAAGAAAAUGGAAAACGAAAGUAAAGUAAAUGGCUCCAAGUACCGGAAGAAAUCUCAUUUCAUAAUCGGCGACAAUGUCCUGAUCAGAAACUACAAUAAAUCAAGAAAGUUUGACACUCUCUUCCUCCAGGAAGCGUUCAAGAUCAUUGAUAUGAACAGGGAGGGGAACAUAGUCACGGUACAACAAGAAGGAAGCGGUCUCACCCUGUGUCGACACCCGGAUGAUCUCAAACCUUCGAAAAGUCGACCGGACAACCGCGAAGAGAAACAGGAGUGCAUGCAGUACGCCGACAUCCAAUGGCCAGAAGUACUGAGCACGAUGACGACGACGAGAGCUACCGCCUGGAAAAGAGAGAUACAGCACCACCGCCUAGACGAAGUCAACGGAAACGGACGACCAUUCCAGUUUACAAGUAAACACGAAUGUUUACGAACAGUAUUCAUUUUAUCUAUUUGUGAUAGGGGAUGA